AUGAAUGGACGUUAUUGUAUUCGACUAUGUCGUAUAUUUAUUAUAUUAUUAACCAUUAGUAUUUUAUUUUUAUGGUUAAUACCAUUAAUAAAAUUUUAUUUUAAUAAUGAAAAAAUUAAUAUAAUAGUAUUUGAUGAAAAUUUUCUGGACAAUCAUUUAUAUCCACCACCAUGGUAUAUAUCAAAUUGGACAAUAAAUGAUUAUUUUAUUCGAAAAGAUAAUAUUAAAAAACUUGAAGAUAAAGAUGCAAUAAAUAAAAAACAAAAAAUAAUUAUUGAAUAUGAUUUUUUAAAUCAAAAGAAAAAUAAAAAAACAAAUUAUACAAUUCUUGAAUAUACAACUGUUUUUAAUGCACCAAAAUUUUGUGGAAAAUCACAAGAUUUUAUUUUUGGUAAACAAUGUCCAUAUCAAAAUUGCAGAUAUACAUGUAAUCGAAAUUUUUCAUCAUUUGCUGAUGUUUUAUUAAUGCAUCGAUCUGAUAUUAAUUUUAAUCAAUUACCAAUCGAACGUAAUCCUGAACAAAUUUGGUUAUAUUGGCAUGAUGAACCUGGUGGUGUACAAAAACAAGCAAUUUCUUAUCAAUUUAAUUGGACAAUAUCAUAUCGUUUUAAUGCUGAAGUUAAUAUAGGUGCUUAUGGUUUAACUAUUCUUCGUAAUAAACCAUUAUCAUCUAAAGAAUUUAAUUCUUAUAUAAAUCAACAAUUUAAUAAUCGACAAUCAAAUGCUAUAUGGUUUGUUAGUAAUUGUAAAUCAAAAGCUCGUAUUAAUUAUUAUAAGCAACUUUAUUUACAUUAUCCAUUAAUAAAAGUUUAUGGACAUUGUAUUGUACAAAAUAAAACAAAUCAUUGUCAUCGUCAUUCUCAAUGUGAAUUUUCUGAACUUUCAAAAAAUAAAUUUUAUUUAGCAUUUGAAUCACAAUCAUGUCGAGAUUAUAUAACAGAAAAAUUUUGGCGUUCACUUGCUUAUGGUAUAAUACCAAUUGUAUUUGGACCACAUAAUAAACAAUCUAUAGAAAAAAUCGCUCCACCUAAUUCAUUUAUUUAUACUGGUGAUUUUAUAUCAGUAUCAAAACUUGCAAAAUAUUUAAAUGAAAUUAGUCGAAAUCGAACAUUAUUUAAAGAAUAUCAUCAAUGGCGUCGUUUUUAUCAAGUUCUUUAUCGACCAGAAGAUAUUGAACAUUAUCGUUUUUGUGAACUUUGUUAUCGAUUAAAUACAAAUCAGAAUAGAAUUUAUUAUCAAAAUUUAAAUACAUUUUUUCUAGAAGAAUGUUAA